AUGCAUCCAUCAACCAACAUUUUCAGCCUCCAAGGUUCUCCACCUUCGUACCUUUCUCAUUACCAUACAUCCUCCCCAUUUUGCGUCGAUGUGCAAAACCCUACUCCGUUCUACAGCUUCCAAGCUGGUGUAAACACUCCACAGUUCAUGAGCAGCAAUAACUCGACUUCGGAUGAAGCAGAAGAGUAUCAGAAGGAUGUAAUGAAUGAGAGGAAGCAGAGGAAGAAGGUAUCAAACAGAGAAUCAGCGAGGAGAUCGCGUAUGAAGAAGCGGAGACAGCUUGAUGAGCUUUGGUCACAAGUAAUGUGGCUUAGAAAUGAGAACCAUCAGUUGCUUCAAAAGCUUAACUGUGUCUUGGAGUCUAGCGAGAAGGUUACUGAAGAGAAUGCUCAGCUCAAAGAGGAAACCUCUGAGCUUAAGCAAAUGAUUAGUGAUAUGCAGCUUCACAACCAGAGCCCUUUUUCUUGUUUUAGAGAUGACAUUGUAUAG